AUGGCCGACUCUGUCCCCCUCCAGAUCGCCGAUACCAUCCAAACAGCCCACAUCCAGCGGCAUCCUUCCCCUCUCCAUGAUGUAAACCCUCCGCAUGGCGCCGGGUCCACAGCCGAGCCGGUGUAUGUUGACAACGAGGGAAUCGACGAGGGCGAGGAGGAGCUAGACACGUCGGAGGAAGAGGAGUACCGGUCCUCGCGCAGUGCUGUCCCCCGCCCCCGCAAGCCGCAGCACCACUUUCCGCCGCUGCCCGAUCUGCGGUUUGAGCAGAGUUAUCUUUGGAGCAUACGGAAUGCGGAUACUUGGUGGAAGGUUGUGGCCAUUACUGUGAGGGAUCAGGUCAUGAUGCCCCUGCUCCAAGGCAUUGUUUACAAUCUAUUUAUCUGCGGCUGGCAGUACUGGAACAAGAGCGCCCAGAUUCACGGCUCAUCCGUCGGUGCGCGGCUACGACGUUGGUGGUAUGGUGUCAACAAGUGGCCAAUACCGCCACCGGCUCAGAGUGGGAGGAGAUGGAGAUAG